AUGAUGUUAGCCGAUGGAUUGUGCUACAGAUUGGCCGAGUUCGUCUUGGAUGUUGGCGAUUACGACGAGUACCCCAUGAUCGGCGAAAAGACGAGCGGUGGCUUCGCCGAUGCCGCUUGCUCCGCCGGUGACUAUGGCUACUUUGCCUUAAGAAAACCACCCAAGAGUAAUGCUACGCUAAAUCACGUCUUCUCAAGAUGUUCAACUGUGAAGAAGCUGUUUGAUGGGUAUGAUGAUUUAGUCACUAGGUUCAACUCUUUCCUAUUGACGAAGAAGAAGCCUGUCGUCGCUUUGUCGGAGGCGUACAAUAGCACGGUAGAAUAUCAAACUCCGACUUCAUCGUGGACGACACAGAUCGAGUUUGUAAAAAAGGUUCAAAAGCAUUUCGAAGACGAUGUUCGGAGAAAUAAAUCGUUUCUUGAUGCUUUGGGUAUGUGGCGAUUUGGGGACAGGGUCAUUGAUCAGCUCAAUCAAGAGGUUGCUGGUGUGUUUAAAGAGCUCCCAGAUAUGUACAUGGAGUUCAAGGGGUUUUAUGGUGAUUUUUCAGAGGAGAAAUCGACUGAUAGGGAGCGAAUUGACAAGAAUUAA